GCAUUGGAGGUUCCAUUCUUAUCAAGCCCGAGCUGCGGCUUUAUUAGCAACACUGGGGCGGAGAAGAGCAUCAGCCAUGCAUUGCACCAGUAGAAAUAACAACGGCAGCAGCGGCGGUAGCAAGAAUUAAGCACAUCCGCCGCUCCCGCUCGUCUGAAUGCCUCUUUUAGGACGUGCAGGAGUCCAAAUUCCUUUGCGCCUACCUCAAGUGUUAAGCCCGCUACCAGGAUGGACUGUUGAAACAGGGAAGCGUUGCAGACCUGGACAUACAACCCAGCUGGCCCACUCUUUGCUUUAUUUAUCUAUUACUGGUUAUUUAAAUUGAACUUUUAAUAACCUGCCAGCUGUUCUUCAGACACACAUGGUGCAUUGUUGCCAUUCCCAGAAUCGUGUCUUUGAAAUCCAGGCCCUUGGUAACCUUUAUCGACCAAAGAGGCGACCUAGAGGGUACAUCUGCAGUAGGACGUUUUGAAACCUGCUGCCCUCUAGCUUUGUUGGCUGGUGCUGUUUUUCUAGCACAUCAUGGAGCCCACAAUGGAGUAUUGCUUGGCACAGGUUGUGCAGAAGGAUGUUGGGAAGAGACUUCAGGUUGGCCAAGAACUGAUAGACUAUUUUUCGGAUAAACAAAAAUCUGCUGAUCUUGAACAUGAUCAGACCAUGCUGGAUAAAAUGGUUGAUGGUCUUGCUACCUCCUGGGUCAAUUCCAGCAAUUAUAAGGUUGUCCUGCUGGGUUUGGACAUCUUAUCUGCGCUGGUGUCACGACUCCAAGAAAGAUUUAAAGCCCAAGUUGGCACAGUGCUACCAAGUUUAAUUGACAGAUUGGGAGAUGCAAAGGAUUUGGUGCGAGAACAGGAUCAGGCACUAUUGCUAAAAAUCAUGGAUCAAGCUGCUAACCCUCAGUAUGUAUGGGACAGGAUAGCAGGAGGAUUCAAACACAAGAAUUUCCGGACGAGAGAAGGGAUUUGCCUCUGCCUUAUUGCAACGCUCAAUGCAUCUGGAGCUCAGAGUUUAACUCUGAGCAAGAUUGUGCCACAUAUAUGUAGCUUACUUGGAGAUCCGAACAGCCAGGUUCGUGAUGCAGCAAUAAAUAGCCUCGUAGAAAUCUACAGACACGUGGGGGAACGUGUAAGGGCUGAUCUCAGCAAAAAGGGGUUGCCACAGUCUCGGUUGAACAUAAUUUUCACAAAAUUUGAUGAGGUCCAGAAAUCAGGAACCAUGAUCCAGGGAUCAGGUGAUAAAAAUUUUGAUGAUGAUGACUCCGUGGACGGGAACAGACCUUCUUCAGCCAGUUCUUCUACAUCUUCAAAGGCUCCUUCGACCUCUAGAAAAGGUGGGAUGGGAACUGCUCGCAGAACUGGAACAGCUGCUAUGGUCUCUAAAACCCCAGUGGCUAAAGAAGGAGCUGGUGCUGUUGAUGAAGAGGAUUUCAUUAAAGCUUUUGAUGAUGUCCCUACUGUUCAGAUUUAUUCCAGCCGAGACCUUGAGGAAUCCAUCAACAAAAUCAGAGAAAUUCUGUCAGAUGAUAAACAUGACUGGGAGCAGAGAGUAACUGCACUGAAAAAGAUUCGUUCGUUAUUGUUGGCUGGAGCAGCUGAAUAUGAUACCUUCUUCCAACACUUACGCUUGCUGGAUGGAGCAUUUAAAUUAUCUGCUAAAGAUUUGCGGUCCCAGGUAGUGCGAGAGGCUUGUAUCACAUUAGGGCAUCUGUCGUUUGUCUUGGGUAACAAGUUUGACCAUGGGGCUGAAGCCAUCAUGCCAACAAUCUUUAAUCUCAUUCCCAACAGUGCCAAAGUCAUGGCCACCUCUGGCGUAGUAGCUGUUAGAUUGAUUAUCCGACAUACGCACAUUCCUCGAUUAAUCCCCAUCAUCACUAGUAACUGUACCUCCAAGUCUGUUGCAGUUAGAAGACGCUGUUUUGAAUUUUUAGAUUUACUUUUACGGGAAUGGCAAACACACUCCCUAGAAAGGCACAUAUCAGUAUUGGCAGAAACAGUAAAGAAGGGAAUCCAUGAUGCUGACUCUGAAGCACGGAUUAAAGCCAGAAAGUGUUACUGGGGGUUCCACAACCAUUUUAGUCGAGAAGCAGAACAUAUGUAUAAUUCACUGGAAUCUUCUUACCAGAAGGCUCUACAAUCUCACUUGAAGAACUCCGAUAGCAUAGUGUCCUUACCCCAAUCUGAUCGUUCCUCUUCUAGCUCCCAGGAGAGUCUCAACCGUCCCCUUUCUGCCAAAAGAAGUCCAACUGGAAGUACUACAUCACGAGCCUCUACUGUGAGUGCAAAAUCGGUGUCGACUUCAGGGUCUCUGCAACGUUCCCGUAGCGACAUUGAUGUGAAUGCAGCAGCCAGUGCCAAAUCUAAAGUAACAUCUUCUGGAUCAGAUGUUCCCUUUAGCUCUGCUGCUGCCCUGCCUCCAGGCUCCUAUGCAUCACUAGAUGGUACUACCAGUAAACCUGAUGGUCGAAUCCGUACAAGAAGGCAAAGCUCUGGAAGUGCCACAAGCAUUACCUCAGCACCUGACACUCGAGGCCGCAGCCGGGCUAAAGUAGUUUCUCAGUCCCAGCGAUCCAGAUCAGCUAACCCUGCUGGUGCUGGCAGUAGAUCCAGUUCACCUGGCAAACUCUUGGGAAGUGCAUACGGUGGCUUGACCAGUGGAACGGCCAGGGGACCUCCAAUGCCAUCACCUUCUGACAAACGCAGCAAGGUCCCAAGAAGUCAGGGCUGCAGUCGAGAGACCAGCCCAAACAGGAUAGGUCUAGCACGGAGCAGCCGUAUCCCCCGACCCAGCGUGAGUCAGGGGUGCAGCCGCGAUACCAGCCGUGAGAGCAGCCGAGAUACAAGCCCUGCUCGGGGCUUCCCUCCACUUGACCGGUUUGGGCUUGGACAGUCAGGCAGGAUACCUGCCUCUAUGAAUGCCAUGCGAGUCCUCAGCACAAGCACGGAUCUGGAGGCUGCUGUGGCUGAUGCACUGCUCUUAGGAGACUCCAGGAGCAAGAAAAAACCAGUGAGACGAAGAUAUGAGCCGUAUGGGAUGUAUUCUGAUGAUGAUGCAAAUAGUGAUGCUUCAAGUGCUUGCUCAGAACGUUCCUAUGGUUCCAGAAACGGAGGCAUCCCACACUACUUGCGACAGACCGAGGAUGUGGCUGAGGUCUUAAAUCACUGCGCUAGUUCCAACUGGUCUGAGAGGAAAGAAGGGCUAAUAGGCCUACAGAAUUUACUGAAGAGCCAGAGGACAUUGAGCCGAGUUGAGUUGAAAAGACUAUGUGAAAUCUUCACGCGCAUGUUUGCAGACCCUCACAGCAAGAGAGUUUUCAGCAUGUUUCUUGAAACCCUGGUAGACUUCAUAAUUAUUCACAAGGAUGAUUUGCAGGAUUGGCUUUUUGUCCUCCUGACACAGUUACUUAAGAAGAUGGGAGCUGACUUGUUGGGAUCAGUACAAGCAAAAGUGCAGAAGGCUCUGGAUGUAACCAGGGAUUCUUUUCCAUUUGAUCAGCAGUUUAAUAUCCUGAUGAGGUUUAUUGUAGAUCAAACCCAAACACCAAAUCUUAAGGUAAAAGUGGCAAUCCUCAAGUACAUUGAAUCCUUGGCUAGACAGAUGGACCCAACUGAUUUUGUGAACUCCAGUGAGGCAAAACUUGCUGUUUCUAGGAUUAUCACUUGGACAACAGAACCAAAGAGCUCAGAUGUGAGAAAGGCGGCAGAGAUAGUCCUGAUUUCUCUGUUUCAACUGAAUACACCUGAGUUUACCAUGUUACUUGGUGCCUUGCCAAAAACAUUCCAGGAUGGUGCUACCAGGCUACUACACAACCACCUCAAGAAUUCCAGUAACACCAGUGUGGGUUCUCCUAGCAAUACAGUGGGUCGAACUCCUUCACGGCACCCUAGCAGCAGAACCAGCCCCUUAACUUCACCUACGAACUGUUCUCAUGGAGGAUUGUCUCCGAGUCGUUUCUGGGGUUGGAGUGCAGAUGGGCUGUCGAAGCACCCCCCUCCCCUUUUUCAGCCUAACUCCAUCCCCGCUGCUCCUUCUCACAAGACUUUCAGGCGCUCUUACUCUCCCAGCAUGCUGGAUUAUGAUACGGAGAAUCUAAAUUCUGAUGAGAUCUACAGCUCUCUUCGUGGAGUCACAGAGGCAAUUGAAAAGUUUAGCUUCCGUAGUCAAGAAGAUCUAAAUGAACCAAUUAAACGUGAUGGGAAGAAGGACUGUGAUAUUGUUUCCCGAGAUGGUGGGAUAGCUUCAACAGCCCUUGAUGUGCGUGGAAGCAGCGAUAUAGUGGAAGGAGGAAGGAUGGCUCUGGACAACAAAACUUCUCUACUGAACACGCAGCCCCCACGUGCCUUUUCAGGACCCCGAACACGAGAGUAUAACCCUUACCCAUACUCUGACACUAUCAGCGCCUACGACAAGAGUGCUCUUAAGGAAGCUGUGUUUGAUGAUGAUAUUGACCAGCUUCGAGAUGUACCCAUUGAUCAUUCUGAUUUGGUGGCUGAUCUCUUGAAAGAGCUGUCCAAUCACAAUGAGCGGGUGGAAGAACGGAAAGGCGCUCUUGUCGAGUUACUGAAGAUCACAAGAGAAGAUAACCUGGGAGUCUGGGAAGAACAUUUCAAGACCAUUUUGCUUUUACUACUUGAAACACUUGGAGACAAAGAUCAUUCGAUCAGAGCCCUGGCAUUGAGAGUGCUGCGAGAAAUCUUGAGGAAUCAGCCUGCAAGAUUUAAGAACUAUGCUGAAUUGACCAUCAUGAAGACUUUGGAAGCACAUAAAGAUUCUCACAAGGAGGUUGUUAGAGCUGCUGAGGAAGCGGCUUCCACCCUAGCUAGCUCCAUCCACCCUGAACAGUGCAUCAAAGUUCUCUGUCCCAUCAUUCAAACAGCUGACUACCCAAUUAACCUGGCCGCUAUUAAAAUGCAAACGAAAGUCAUUGAGAGGAUCUCAAAGGAGUCUUUGCACCAGCUCCUUCAAGACAUCAUCCCUGGGUUGUUGCAGGGCUAUGACAAUACAGAAAGCAGCGUUCGGAAAGCCAGCGUAUUUUGCCUUGUGGCAAUUUAUUCAGUUAUUGGUGAAGAACUAAAGCCUCACCUUGCACAGCUCACUGGGAGCAAGAUGAAGCUCCUCAACUUGUACAUUAAGAGGGCCCAAACCACCAACAGCAACAGCAGCUCAUCUUCAGAUGUUUCCACGCACAGUUAAUGGAGAUCUUUGGACACACUUGUAGACAUAGAAACAAUCAGCUGUGCCUCUCUGAGACCCUCCCUUCCUCAGCACACUUCAUCUGCUGAUGGAGGCCAUGCAGACAUCUGUUGCAAUCAGUAUUUUUAGUCCUCCAAGGCUUUUUAUUGUAGGAUAUUCUUGGAAUCGAAUGUAAAGGAAGCAAGGCCUGGGUUGCAGUCUUCACACAAAAACAGCAGUAGAAAGCCAUACGUAAACAUUGCAGUUGAUCUACUAGCAUUUCUAAAACGUGAUCCGUUUCUGUAGUUACACAGUUCUUCAAAGCUUGAAUCAUUGAUAAUAAAAUUUGGCUUUAUAUCUGGUUAUUUUUUGCAUUUGUUUUCAACCUACACUUUUAACCAGUUUCUCCAGUUCUCCCAUUUCUAUGAUGUGCUACAUUUUCAAAAAGUGGAUUAAACAUUGGAAUGAUCUGGCUGUUCUCCAGAGAAACCUGUACAGAAUACAGAAUCAACCAGGUUUUUAUUUAUUUUUUCUAAUAAUGCCAUCAUUUGAUGGACCUAGGUCAGGGGUUUCAGCAAAUUUGUAAUGGUGCUGCCAUAUAAAGCAGAUUUAGAUCUAGUGUAACUAAGGCUAUUUUAAGAUCUACCUGUGUGAUACCAUUAACAAUCUGACUUCCCCUCAGAAUGAAUUUUAGCAUUUUCAUUUCAAUUGUUUUGUCAUAUAACAGCAUGAUUUGCUUUAGUAUAAGUUGAUAAGUUUUCCCUUUGAGGGAAAAACUAAUAUUAUUUUGGCUACAAUCAGCUGCCAUACAUUUUUUUAAAAAUACUUUUUGUUGUAUCCAUUUCUAAUUGCAUUCUUAGCAUCCUUUUGAAGUUGUUAUUGCCUUAUCCUGCAACUGGUAAGGAUUUGUUCCUCCACAUAUUUAACAUUUUUUAAAGAUAACCAUAAUAUAUUUUACCUGUAGAGGAUGACACAUUUUUUCAUUGCUCUAUCUGGAUUUUUAAAACCAGAUCUUUGUUCAGGUAUGGUAUUUACAAAGAACUGAAUUUCUUCAUUUUAUGAAGUUUGUUAGUAUGCACUGAAAGUGAAUGCACUGUAAUGUUUGUAAACUGAGCAUCCAUAUGAUUACGAUUAAAGUAACUGACAGCCCAUCAUUUAGGAUGUGUAUGUGAAAUUUGCUACUACUGCUGUUUCAAAUCUCAAUACAAAACUUGUACUGUCCAAAAUCUAAUUGGUUUCCAGGAACUGCAAUUUCAAUGACCAGGCCUUACUUUCUAAAAAAAAUCUGUUUUUGUCAGCUGAUGCUUCUUUGUAUAAGACUUGUUCUGUUAAUCACCACCCACUCAUCAAUGACUCCCCAUCCUUUGAGUACAUUCACAACUAUUGCCCCUCACACAUACACGCACACACACACACCCCAUGCAAUCUGGAUUAUUUAUAGUCUCUCUUUGUGUCUAAUGAGCAUAACAAAUUGUUUUGUUUGUCUCUUAAUAUUCCCAAUCUUGUUAUUUUAGAUGGUACUCAAAGGGCUAGCUUAGUCUGCACCUAUUUACUUCUUCUUGUAAACCUGUGCAACUGGGAGUGGAGAUUGGGUGUUAGGUUUCCUAGCAAAAAAACACGUCUAUAGAGGCUAGUGGAAUCAAAUCUGCAUGUUGUUGGCACUUCGCUAUCAGAACGGGGAGGGCUCCAUUUUUCCCAGCACUGUCAAAAUGUCUACAGCUGCCUUUUUCCUUGCUGCCUCUUAAUGCAGGGCUUUAAUUUUUUUAGAGUUUUUGAAAGAGAGGUUUCUUUUCCUUGUGUUUUUCUUGUGUUAUGCCCCUUCCUCCCCCGUCUUCCCCCCAGGCCUUUUAUAUCUGAGAAUCUGCACAGAACAACCCUGCCUGCUGUUGGGUUGCCUUAGAUGGUGACAUCCGUGCUAUCAUUGGGACAACAAGGUUCCCAAAGGGGUGAACAAACCAAUCAAUGCAGCCCUUUUUAGGUCUCUCUAGCGCUGAAUUAACUGAGGCAUGUGGCUUUCUUUAAAAAGGUACACUAUGUGUGCUUGCCUGGAUUAAUAUACAACAUGACUUUUCUAUUGCUUCCUACUAGCUUCUCAAUAACCUGUAUAAGUAAUGUAACUUGCAACAUUGUCAUAUAAAUCUUCUUUCUACCACCUGCCCAGCCCCUUUAUUUAUCAAGCGUAAUAUUGCGUAAUAAAGGACACCAGAGAAAUGUUUGUAGAUUGCAGCAGGACUUUGCUGACAAUAAUAAUGUUUUAAAUGGGAAGGACAGGCUGCAAAACCACUCAAAACAGUCAGCCAAAAAAAUUUGUUGGCAUAGUGUUCACACGCAUGUAUUUAAUUUCUGGUUGGGUUGGAUUUUUUUUUUUGGCGCUUUUGUCAUGUUACAUCCAUAUCUGUAUUUAUAUCUUAUUUGUUUCAAUUUUGAGUGUAUCAUGGCAAAUGUACAGAUGUUUUUAUGUUAACAUUUACAUGAUAGAAUUUGCUAAAAAAAAAAACCUUUUGAGUUUGCCCUAGAAUAAAUGAAAGAAAUUUAA